CAAGAUAAAUUAAGACUACUCGCGCCAUCGUAUGCCGAGUAGUAAAAUCGUGCAUGCGGCGCCUUAAUGCAUUGAUGCAACUGAACAAUUACGCCGCUUGUCACUAGAUGGCGCCGUGGUUCACUUAUAUGCCACUAUCGAUGUACAUAGAUGGUUUCGUGACCUCGGCCGCCGUGACCAACUUUUGGUGAGCUUGAAGGGAGCUCGUGAAGAGCUUGGUGUGCUUGGUUACUCGUGGUGUGCUUACGCUAGGCACUCUUGGUGCUUCAACCAUUGCUUGAACACUCAAGGGUCCUCGGAAAAGCAUUAACUCGCCUUGCAUAACUGCGCCUCACCUAAGUUGGGUCAUUUAUGUAAGCGGUGAUCAGCCCACGUAACGCUCGCCCCGCACCCCCCGCGCUACAAGUGGCGCCCAACGUUUGGCCAGUCUGCGUGACGUCAUCGUGGUGCUACGAAGACUGCUACGGGUCUCGUGACGUCAUCUUACGUGCUACGAGUUUGCUACGAACGUGCUACGAAUUUUUAACGUUUUCGUGGUGCAACGGGACUUGUGUCGUCGUCGAGGUGCUACGAAGCCUGUGACGUCAUAAGCGUGCUACGAUUUUCGUCGCGUCAUCGUCACAAUCAACGCAACGCUAGACGACCUACAUUUAUGAGCGGAAAAAGCGGAUUAGCGAAGUUACAAAGUUCGUCUUUUGUUAUUACACGCGCAGGACGUUCUACAACCAUUAAGAAGCAAAAUACAAACGCCGAGAUGUUAUCACCGGAACAAUUUACGCAGUUGUUAGAAAGACUGCCUGUAGCAGCGCAACCUCAUAAAGGGUCCUUUAUCACUUGCAAAUACUUCUUCAAUGGUGAAAAAGAUGCCGAAGUGGUGGAAGCGUUCUUGUCAGCAAUCAAUAUCUUUAAACGUUCCGCAGAUAUUGGCGAUAAGACUGCACUAAGCGAACUCCCGAUUAUCCUAAAAGGUGAAGCUGGAGUCUGGUGGUUAGGCGUGAAGAAUGAUGUAACUACGUGGUCGGAUUUCGAAUCUCAACUGCGGGAAUACUUUGCGCCUACCCGCGAACCCUACCAAAUUUAUCUGGACAUAACGCAGGAGAAACAAGGCAAGGAAGAUUCUACUGAUGAUUUUAUUAGGCAUAAGCGGAUGUUGUUUUCUCAACUCCCUAGCCCAGGACACAGCGAAACUCAGCAGUUAGAUAUGAUUUACGGCUUGCUGCGCUUAGACAUAAGGGAUAAGGUUUCCCGGGCUGCCGUAGAUAAUUUUAAGGAUCUGACGAAGGCGGCUAAAGCGGCUGAGCUUGUCCUACAGGAAAAGGACGCCGUUGUUGUCACUCACAACGGAAAGAAGUCGUCAGAGUCGUCUCGCAACGCUACCAAUCCUACUAGACUAGAUCCAAGGAAAGGUAAAUGUAGGUUCUGCCGUAAUUAUGGUCACUUGGCUGAAAACUGCCGGAAGCGUUUGCGACUAAACGAGGACAAGGAAGGGAAUGUCACGGAAGCAUCUACAUCUGUGGCAGUUACCCAAGCGCCAUCACUAUCUGCACCAAAAUUCAGUUGCUAUGGCUGCGGAGCCCCUGGUGUGGUGAGAGCCAACUGUUCAACGUGCCACGCAAAUAAGAAUAAACGGCCUCAAGUGGACAUCGGAUUUUGUUCGAUAGAUAGUGUGAUCGACGCCAGAGACAGACCAGUUAUUUUUGUUGAGAUUGGUGGUGUAAAUGGUUCUGUAUUCCUUGACAGCUGUGCUAAAUCCAGCGUUGCGUCGUACUCAUUGUAUUGCCAAUUGAGAACGAAAGGAUUCACUUUCCGAGAGUAUGAUGUUGGUGUAACAUUGGCUGUUGGCGACCCGAAACGUCGGAAGGUGCUGGUCACUGAGGCACCUGUAAAAGUUAACGACCGUAUCGUCAUGACAACUUUCCUGUUCUUCCCUGACUCACAUAGUUCCAGAACACUCCUCGGUGUUGGAUUUAUUCAGGAUGCCCACAUCGAGAUAAGCCUACCACAGAGUACAUGGCACUUUACUGAUGAUCCAACUCAAGUUUUCGAGCUGUACCCUGAAAGUUUCGUCGAUCACCAUAGGAAAACGUCAUUGGCUGCAUUAACGCCGGAUGACUCUCCAUCAUGUUCACCAUCGUUUCGGGAGGAAACUAGCACAUCGCAAUCAUACGGUCCUCUGAUUGGGAUUGAUGCUCCGUCGCCUCCCAAGAAAAGACUUGAACCUAUAUACCUAGCAAAUCAUUCUCCAAUAUUGGACGCCUUGUACGAAGAUGCAAGGAUAUGUCUUCAAAAUUAUGACACGGAGGACGAGCUAGAUGACGUUGACGAUGCGCUCUUUCCGUCUAUUACCUUUCAUCGGUCGAUGUAACAAUAUUAAACGACCUUUUAGCCAAAAAUCAAGACAUCUGCAUAACUAACGGAGGACUAGUCCAGAAUUUCUGACACGCAAUGGAAACGGGAGAUCACGAACUGAUUUCUCUGCCGUAUUGUUUGUCGCUGUUAAAGUUUGAAAUUUAAAGAGAAGCAGGCCGAAGAAGUAGUCUGUCUUUAAUGCCGGCUCUCCACAAGCAACACGAGCUCGU